AGUCACCUCUGGGUUUUUUAUUUUUUGCUAAACAAACCAAAAACCACUGAAAAUUUUGAAAAAAAAAAGUUUUUCCUUAGUUUUUGUUAUACAAUUUUGUAAAUAAGUGAUUUUUUUUCCUUCACUGAUGUGCGCUAAUGAGGCUGCAGUGAUGGGCACUGAUAGGCUGCACUGAUGGACACUGAUAGGUGGCACUGGUGGCAUUGAUGAGCACUGACAGCUGGCACUGAUGGACACUGACAGG